AUGGAACGCUGGUCUGUGCUUAAACACACACAGGCCACGCCCACAGACACAUAUGGCAUCAUGGAGUUUCAGGGAGGAGGACAUGUCAACAAGGCCAUGUACAUCCGUGUGGCGUACGAUUCCAAGCCAGACAACAUGCUCCACCUGAUGGUGAAAGACUGGCAGCUGGAGCUCCCCACCCUGCUCAUCUCCGUCCACGGGGGACUGCAGAACUUUGACCUGCAGCCCAAACUAAAGCAGGUGUUUGGGAAGGGUCUGAUCCAGGCUGCGGUCACCACCGGAGCCUGGAUACUCACUGGCGGAGUCAGCACUGGGGUGAUCCGGCAUGUUGGAGACGCGUUGAAGGACCACUCCUCCAAGUCCAGGGGGAAGGUAUGUGCCAUUGGGGUCGCACCAUGGGGCAUCGUGGAGAACAAGGAGGAUCUGAUAGGAAGAGACGUGACACGUCCGUACCAGGCCAUGUCCAACCCCAUGUCCAAGCUGUCUGUCCUCAACAACAGCCACUCCCACUUCAUCCUAGCAGAUAACGGGACCCACGGAAAGUACGGCGCUGAGGUCCGUCUUCGCCGUCAGCUGGAGAAACACAUCUCCCUGCAGAAGAUCAACACACGUCUGGGUCAGGGGGUGCCUCUGGUCUGUCUGAUCCUGGAGGGGGGUCCCAACGUCAUCUCCAUAGUCCUGGAGAGCCUGAGGGAGGACCCCCCUGUCCCGGUGGUGGUCUGUGACGGCAGUGGACGGGCCUCUGACAUCAUCUCCUUCGCACACAGAUACUCUGAGGACGACGGCCUGGUCAGUGAUAGCGUGAAGGACCAGCUCCUGGUCACCAUACAGAAGACGUUUAACUACAACCGCGGUCAGGCCCAGCAGAUCUUCCUCAUGGUGAUGGAAUGCAUGAAGAAACGAUCUCUGAUCACUGUGUUUCGUAUGGGCUCAGAGGGCCAGCAGGAUAUCGAGAUGUCCAUACUGACAGCCUUGCUCAAAGGCACCAAUGCCUCUGCCCCUGACCAGCUGAGUCUCGCCCUGGCCUGGAACAGAGUGGACAUCGCUAGGAGCCAGAUCUUCGUCUACGGUCACCACUGGCCCAUGAGUGGCAGCGCGGCCAACACCACGGCAUCCCAGGAGAAGACGAAGAGCCCUGGCCCAGCCCGCGGUGGAGGUGGUGGGGCAGGGAAGGGCAAGGCCAGGGUCAAGAAGGGCAAAGGAGGCAAGGCCAAACCUGAACCUCCGGAAGAGACGGACCCCAGGAAGCUGGAGCUACGCAACUGGGUGAACUCUCUGGAGCAGGCCAUGAUGGAUGCCCUGGUGCUGGACAGAGUGGACUUUGUCAAACUGCUGAUAGAGAACGGUGUCAACAUUCACCACUUCCUCACCAUCCCUCGUCUGGAGGAACUCUACAACACGAGGCUGGGCCCAACGAACACUCUGCACUUUGUAGUUAGAGACGUUAAAAAGGGAAAUCUUCCACCGGAUUACCAGAUCACCUUGAUCGAUAUCGGAUUGGUCCUGGAGUUCCUGAUGGGCGGGGCCUAUCGCUGUAACUACACCAGGAAACAGUUCCGCACCCUCUACAACAACCUCUACGGUUUAAAAAGACCGAAAGCUUUAAAAAUGUUAGGACUGGAGGACGACGAGCCUGGAGGAAAGAGCAAGAGUAAAGGGAAGAAGAAGAAGAAGAAGAAAGAGGAAGAGAUCGACAUCGAUGUGGACGACCCGGAGGUCAGCCGCUUCCAGUACCCGUUCCAUGAGCUGAUGGUGUGGGCCGUUCUCAUGAAGCGUCAGAAGAUGGCUCUGUUCCUGUGGAAGAGGGGGGAAGAGGCCAUGGCCAAAGCUCUGGUGGCCUGUAAGCUGUACAAGGCCAUGGCCCACGAGUCGUCUCAGAGUGAACUGGUGGACGACAUCUUCCAGGACCUGGAAAACAAUUCCAAAGAGUUUGGCCAGCUGGCCUACGAGCUCCUAGACCAGUCCUAUAAGCACGAUGAGCAGGUGGCCAUGAAACUACUGACCUAUCAGCUAAAGAACUGGAGCAACUCUACCUGCCUGAAACUGGCUGUAGCCGCCAAGCACAGAGACUUCAUCGCCCACACCUGCAGUCAGAUGCUGCUCACUGAUAUGUGGAUGGGAUGUCUGAGAAUGGGCAAGAGGAACGGGUUCAAGGUGAUAUUUGGCAUAAUUUUCCCACCUUCGAUUCUCCUCAUGGAUUUUCGACUCGGGGAGGAAGUGACAUGUCAAGCCCCAGCGGAGAACGAAGAAGAAGCCAAGGACAAAGACGAUGACAACAAAUCCAGCAAGGUGAACGAAGUGAAUGCUGAUGCGGUGUCCAGAAAGGGGGAUGAAGAAGAAAGCGCCGUAAAAAAGAGAAGAGUUCCAAUCGGAAAGAAGAUCUAUGAAUUCUACAACACUCCUUUCACCAAAUUCUGGUUCAACACAAUCUCCUACCUGGCCUACCUGUGUUUGUACAACUACAUCAUCCUGGUCAAGAUGGAACGCUGGCCGUCCCUGCAGGAGUGGAUCGUCAUCUCUUACAUCAUCACUCUGGGAAUGGAGAAAGUCAGACAGAUCCUGAUGUCAGAGCCGGGGAAGCUGAAGCAGAAGAUCAACGUUUGGGCCGAAGAGUACUGGAACAUCACAGACGCGGCGGCCAUCUUUACCUUCCUCCUGGGCCUGAUGCUGAGGCUGCAGAGCGAGCCCCUGUUGGGCAUCGGACGGGUCAUCUACUGCGUGGACAUCAUCUUCUGGUACAUCAGGGUGCUCGACAUCUUCGGGGUCAACAAGUACCUGGGACCCUACGUCAUGAUGAUCGGGAAAAUGAUGAUUGACAUGUUGUACUUCGUGGUGAUCAUGCUGGUGGUGUUGAUGAGUUUCGGCGUGGCGCGGCAGGCCAUCCUGCACCCUGAUGAGAUCCCAACAUGGCGUCUGGCCAGGAACAUCUUCUACAUGCCCUACUGGAUGAUCUAUGGGGAAGUGUUCGCUGACUCCAUAGACCUCUAUGCAAUGGAAAUCAAUCCACCAUGUGGUGAUAACAUGUACGAUGAGGAUGGGAAGAAGCUUCCUCCUUGUAUCCCUGGAGCCUGGCUCACUCCAGCCAUCAUGGCCUGCUACCUGCUGGUGGCCAACAUCCUCCUGGUCAACUUACUCAUCGCUGUCUUCAACAACACCUUCUUAGAGGUCAAGUCCGUCUCCAACCAGAUCUGGAAGUUCCAGCGUUACCAGCUGAUCAUGAAGUUCCACGACCGGCCCCUCCUCCCUCCGCCCCUCAUCAUCUUCAGCCACAUCUACAUCGUUCUGAAACACGUCUGUCGGCGUUGCAAGAGGAGAACAGAGGGAGAGCAGGACGACAGGGACAACAAAGGACUACAGCUGCUGCUGAACGCUGAGGAGCUGAAGGCUCUGUAUGACUUUGAGGAGCAGUGUGUGGAGGAGUAUUUCAGAGAGAAGGAGGACGAGGAGCAGUCGUCUAGCAACGAACGCAUCCGGGUCACAUCUGAGAGGGUGGAGAACAUGUCGAUGCGUCUGGAGGAGGUGAACGAGAGGGAGCACUCCAUGAAGGCUUCCCUGCAGACGGUGGACCUGCGACUGGGUCAGCUGGAGGAGUUCUCUGGACGUAUGAUGAACGCCCUGGAGAAGCUGGCCGGGGUGGACCACAACGACCUGGUCAGAACCCAGUCGGGGGUCUCCUCAGUCUGCGACACUUCUUCUCUGCUCCGUCACAGCUCCAUCAACAGCUCUGACGGCUACAGUCUGUACCGGUACCACCUGGAGAUGGGAGACGACACCCGCUCUGAGGUGGUUGAGAGGAAACGGAGUAUGAGAGAAACCACGACCAGCAUCACGUCCUCUGUGAAGGAGUACGGGGCCACGUUAGACGUGGUGGGCCCCAGAGAGAGGAACCGCUCCAGUGUCUCUGUCUGCGAAGGGGCGAAGGAAACCCCAACCCAGAGGCCUGAGGUUCCUACAGAGCCUCUUCCACCGCCCUGCAGCCCUGCUGCCUCGAUGGACGCGGCCCUGGAGAAGGCAGGAGUGACCACGGAGAAGAUCAAGCUAGAAGCAGCCAUCUCAUACCCUCUGGAGAGGGUCAGGUCCCUGCAGUACCAGUCACCCGAGACCCACAGUGACUGGCUCACCUCCAGGCCCAGAUCCAGGAGCACUAUGGUGUACAACCCAGCCGAUGGGGGAGACGAGGGGGCUACUUGGGCCACAGACGUCAACAACCCCCUCUCAGGGCAUCAGGAAACGGUUACCACCAGAUCUCCGACCAUGGGUCACUGGGCAGCGCGCUUCGAGUACAAAGUCCACCCCUGCCCGUUCGGCCACAUGCCCAAAGUCUCCAUGGAGAAGCUAGUCCCCACCACCACAGACACAAAGGACGAGGCCAAAGAGACAACGACAGACAAUGAACCACAGGAGCCAGAGAGCAACCAAGAUGGAGGUGAGGAGAAGCUGGAAGCGGAGGCUGAAGAUACUGGUGGAGGCCUUCUGCUUGUGGCAGAGGACAGGAUGUAUCCAUCACUGAGGUCUAAGAGCCUGAACACCAACCCCAGAAAAGUGAAGGCCAGAGGGGACUGGGCACAGAGAACCAAGUCAGACAGCAGUGUUAAAGACCUAACAGCUAUGUUAGUAGGGACUGGGGAGACAGAGGUAGAGACUGACAGACAGUAUUAAAGACCUAACAGCUAUGUUAGAAGGGACUGGGGAGACAGAGACAGAGGUAGAGGUAGAGAC